AUGGCGGAGCGAACAGUCCUCGUCACCGGUGCCACCGGAUUGUUGGGAAGAGAAGUGGUCUCUGCCUUCAAACUCCUACAUAGCGGAUGGGCAGUCAAGGGAACGGGCCACUCACGAGCAGACGGCGUUGACAUCCUCAAAGUCGACUUGGAGAGCGCAGAGGAUGUCGCCAAAACGCUGGACGAGACACGACCCCAAGUGGUGGUCCACUGUGCGGCUCAGCGGUUCCCAGACAAGGUGGAUAAAGAUCCAGAGGGGGCCAGGGCUCUCAACAUCGCGGCUAGCAAGCUCCUCGCUAGUGUCACUGCUGCUCGGGAUAUUUUGAUGAUUUACAUCUCCACUGAUUAUGUCUUUCCUGGGCGGCCAGGUGAUGCCCCUUAUGAGGCUGAUGCUACCCCAGGUCCUACCAAUCUCUAUGGCCAGACCAAACUCGAUGGCGAGAAUGCUGUGUUGGAAGAAUACGCCAAGGCCGGAAAAGAGGGCCUUGGAAUUGUGCUUCGAGUCCCAGUGCUCUACGGCCACGCGGAAACACCAUCGGAAAGCGCCGUCAACGUGCUUAUGGAUAGCGUAUGGAAGGCCCAGACAGAGGGGACAAAGAUUAAGAUGGACCACUGGGCCUUACGUUACCCGACUAACACAGAAGACAUUGGAAGAAUCUGUCAUGACGUGGCGGUCAAAUAUCUUGAGUCUGGAGAUCGUAAAAACCUGCCCCGGAUACUCCAGUUCUCGAGCGAAGACAAAAUGACAAAGUAUGAGAUCUGUCAAACAUUUGGUGACAUCAUGGGCUUGUCUAUCGCCAAUAUCGAGCCCAACACAGAGGGAAACGAUCCCAACGCCAGCGUGCAGCGACCAUAUGACUGCCACCUAAGCACCAGAGAAUUGAAGAACCUCGGUAUCGAUGUUUCAACAUGCGACUUCGUCAGCUGGUGGCGUCGCGAGGUUCGGGCGUUCCGCAAGUAG